CAUAGCACUUAGCAGAGGUCUGCACAGCUCAACGCUCAAAAUGCCUGGGUUACUUAAGCUGCCACUCUUCCUGCUGUAAGUGGAAAGUGCUGGAAUAGGACAUAAACAUGUUCAACAGCAGACUCCCCAGCCUUAGCAAAACAGGAAGAAUCUGGGGAUUGUGCUUCCUCUUGCUCUACGCAACCCCACCUUCCUGUUUGGCACAUUUUAGUCAAGCAAAAGAGCUCAUCUAUAAGAUAAAAGAGGGAUUACCCACGGGGACCUUCAUAGGAGCCAUUGGAGUAGACUUAAAUUUGGAUUUCACUGUGGAGCCCCCCUUUCUAUUCAAUCUCCCGCAAAAGAAGGUCAGUGGACAGUAUGUGAAUCUAAAUAAUACCACCGGGGAGCUGUACACAUCUGCUACGGAGAUUGACAGGGAGACCCUCUGUCCUGAUAACGCCGAGGGACAGGGCUGUGUCCUCUCUCUGGAUGUAUUUGUGCUGCCUCAGCAAUACUUUCAGCUUGUAAAAGUGAAGAUUUUAAUAGAGGAUGUGAACGACAACAGGCCAAAGUUCCCCACAGAUGAGAUUGUUAUGUCAAUCCCGGAGAACUCACCCAUCAACGCUCGGUUUGCAGUGGAGCAGUCUGCAGUUGACCCAGACCUGGGUCAGCAUGGAGUGCAGACCUACUGGCUGGUUAACGACUUUGGCAUGUUCACGCUGGAUGUUGAGGAGAAUGAGGGAGGUGAGCUGACUCCCUUCCUCAUUGUUACAGAAGCUCUGGACAGAGAGACACAAGCUGAAUACAACACAGAUAUCAUCGCAGAGGAUGGAGGGGUCCCUCCUCUACUCGGAGCGGCCACUUUAAAAAUUGUCAUCACGGACGUGAAUGAUAACUGCCCCCAAUUCACAGAGUCACAAAUUAAUGUGACUCUUCAUGGGAAUACCACCAAAGGGGCACAUUUGGCACGUCUGCUUGCUUUUGACCCUGACCUUGGUGCUAAUGCUCAGAUCAGCUAUGCUUACAGUGAACGUGUGCCAAGGGACACCAGGAGCUUGUUCCAUUUGGACAAAAUCACAGGGGUGAUCAAGCUAGCAGGGAAUAUAGAAGCUGCCACAGCCACAUUUUACAAACUCACUGUACUGGCCAAUGGACCUGGUUGUAUACCUGCGGUUGCCACUGUGACUGUCAAUAUCAUUAAAGUUGUCACAGGACCUCCCGCUAUCAUACCUCGAUAUAUUGCACCAGAAAAGGAUGGGGUGGUAACAAUAAAGGAGUCCGAGCCAGCUUUUUCUCCCAUUGCUUUUUUCACUGUUAAAAACGUUGACACAAACCAAAAGGUGGACUGUCAUUUGGAAGGAACUGGUCCCUUCAGACUUGGGCCCUAUCAGCUGUUUAAGAAUGAAUUUCUACUGGAGACGACAGAACCCUUAGACUACGAGAGGACACAGGAGUACGAGCUAAUCUUGGUUGCGAAGAAUACUCAAGGUCUGGUUAUUAAGACCUUCCUGAAGGUGCAGGUUUUGGACGAGAAUGACAACGCACCUGUGUUCCAGCAGUCCAUGGUGGAGAUAUCAGUCGAGGAAAACAACCCACCAAACACCUUCCUAAUCCAGCUCCAGGCGUCAGACCAGGACAGCGAAAGCAGAGGGGAAGUCAUCUACCUUCUUGGAGGUGAUGCACCCAGGAUUUUUGUUGUGGACCGAGACACAGGCGUACUGACUGUGACGACCUCGCUGGACCGCGAGGAGAAGGAGAAAUACAGAUUUAUCGUGCGAGCAGUGGAUCAGGGCACACCCAGACGGGAGUCGAUCGCGACAGUGGUUGUGACUGUUCAAGAUCGCAAUGACAACAGUCCACGAUUCAUCAACAAGGACUUCACUUUCUUUGUACCAGAAAACUUUCCUGGCUACGGUGAGAUCGGCGUUCUCUCUGUAACAGAUGCCGACGCUGGGGAAAACGGCUGGGUGGCCCUUUCCAUCCUCAACGGCAGUGACAUCUUCAUGAUCGACACAGGUCGAGGGGCACUGAGGGCCAAGACACCCCUGGACCGUGAGCAACAGGGGACGUACCAGCUUUGGAUCGAGGCUGUUGAUGGUGGGGAGCCUGCGCUCUCCUCUGUUACCAUGGUUACCGUGCUGCUGUUGGAUGUUAAUGACAACCCACCUAUUGUCUUGUUCCCCCAGUCCAAUCAGUCCUACAUGCUAGUGCUGCCCAACACUGUACCAGGGACAUCAAUCACAGAGGUAUACGCGGUGGAUAAAGACACUGGCAUGAACGCUGUGAUCGCUUACAGUAUCAUUAAAAGGAAAGGCGGUGAGCCGGGGUCAUUCGCUAUUGACCCUGAAACAGGAAAUAUCACAUUAAAGAGGGAGCUCAGCAACCGGGGCCUCUACAGCCUUCUGGUCAAGGUCAGUGACCACGGUCAACCUGAGCCACUUUAUUCGACUGUCAUGGUUAACUUUUUUGUUAAUGAAACUGUGAGUAAUGAGAGUUACAUCCAAAGUUUGCUGACCAGAGAGGCUGACAUAGAGGUGGAGGAGAAGCCCUGGUACAUUGGUCAGAUGAGAGACGGCCCAGAGAGGUAUGAGCUGUUUCCCUGUAAGCCCGUCCUUAUAGCUCUAUCAGUGACAUGCAUGGGGCUGUUCUUCUUGGUUGUCACGUUGACAUCUUAUAUAUGCUGUAAAAGGUUCAAGAAGAGCAGGAAGAAAAGAUCAGAGGUGGAAAUACCUUUGAAAAUGAAAAAUGACUCGAUGCAGGUUGUAAACAGAAAGCUCAGGCAGAUUUCUAACAUGUGAUGUUCUGUCAUCCACACAUCCAAAGUCCACCGCUGUUUACAUGAAUGUUUACAAAACUCCCUGAAACAAGUGCAGCUCUUUAAUUAAGUUGCUCCUUUUGCUUUUGUCAUAUAAACUUCACUGCAUGGUACAUGUUUAGUUCUAUUACCAUCAUUAAAAAAAGAAAAAAAAAAUCACAGACCCAUUUUCUGGUUUAUUUUUAUUAAUCAUAACUAAAGAAAAGGCUUUAUUCAAGAAUUGCCUUCCUAAAAAAAACACACUACUUGCCACUGCAUGAUAUGACCAUUAUUGCAAAACCACAAGGAGCAACUCUCAGAAUAUUCAUAAGGCCCUAUGUAAAUAUUGUACAAAUGUUUUUCAACUUUAUACAGUUUUGCAUCGGCGUGAAAGGAGGUGAAAGGACAAAGAAUGUGUGGAGGCACAUCAAUGAUUCUUUCUUUAAUAGUGUCCUUGAAAAAUUCAAUCGCUUCAUGCCACCUGUUGUUAUGACAAAGAUAUAAUUAUAUUUAUUUUUUUACUGUAACAUUCCAGCAUAUUCAUCAAAUAAUCACGAAUGUUUAAACUCUUGGAUGAAAAAAGGCUAAUCAGACAAUGCUUGCCAUACUAUGCAUUCUAUAGGAAGAGCAUGACAAUUUAUUCCUGAAACUGAAAACAAACCAAAAAGGAGAACGAUCACUAUUUUCCAGAGCUUUCAGUUGUGUCUCACUUUUUUUUGUUUUUUGUUUUUUUCAAUCAAUAUGGACUGAUAUGCAUUCUGUGAUAUAUGUACAACUAUAUUGGAGUAACAUGCUGUGAGAUAAGGGCGAAAGCUUCUGAAAGUGAACCGUGAGGUUUUUUGUUUGUUUCUUUGUUUCUUGUCUGCUUUGUUUCAUACACGUCAGAUUCUGCAGGUUGUUUCUGAGCCAUUCUGAGUCCUCCAGAUGUGAAGGCUUACUGAGGAUAUUGGCCGGAUACGUAAAUCCUUUCAAAUGCCAUCUCGCCACAGCAAAAAUUCACAUACUUUCAUUUUCACUCUGAAUAAGUGGAAUUUUGUUCAAAUUUGUUUGUCAAACUGCUUUAAGUACAUCACUGUCUUUCAUCGAGUCAUGCAAUUCUCAAUGUUUCUGUGAAAACAUGCAAGUGUUUGUGAAAGAAAAUCUAAGUAAUUAUUAAAGAUGUCUAUUUUUCUA